AUGAAGCGUACCCCGCAUCCAUCCGGGGUGGAAAUUCUCUUUGACGCCAAAUGGCAUCAGUACAAACUCGGCCACACAGCCCUUCGCUCGGUCUCGAAGGUGCUUGACAAAUAUUUCCCUUUUGACGAGAAGCGGGUGUUGGCACUGGUGUCGAAGAAGACAGGGCAGCCCGUGGAGGAGGUGAAGGCGGGUUGGAACCGACAAGCGCUGCUUGGCAAAAACAUUCACGAGUACAUUGAGAAUAAACUUUGCGGCCUACCACCGCCCACGUGGACGGUGGUGCUGAAGAGCCAGCAGAAACAAAAAGGAGAGGAGGAACAGAAGAAACGGAAUUCUGGAAAAAAGAAGACGGAUGUGACGUCCCCGCCAACGUCAUCCAAGCAGUCGAUUGUGGACUCCGUCCUGCAUGGCGACGAGGCCGCCUACAUGAAUGCCGCGGACCGCGUAAUCGAGAACAUUUUGCGCCACUACGACAUCAUCGCCGUCGAGCAGGUGAUAGCGAGUCCGUCAUGGGGCAUCGGCGGCACCGUGGACUUCAUUGCGCGCAACAAGCGCACGCAUAAACUUCUCAUUGGGGACUGGAAGACAAGCGGCAGCGUGGCAAGUGCCUUUCGCUUUGGCUCCUUUGAGGAACCCUGCACCGGCUGCCUUAUGCAUCUCCCCAACACCAAAUUUUAUCGCUACGCCAUGCAAGUCAUCAUCUACGGCGAGAUUCUCAAGCAUGAGCGUUAUCUUAGCGAUGGUUUCUUUGGCCGCGCCGUGAAGCCCAUCAAUGUGGCUGUGAAGAGCAUCUCUGUGAGUCCACAUGACCUUCACGACGCGUUUGAGUACGGCAUUGUGCAGUUGUUAAAAGAUGAGGAGGGUGGGGUGUGCGUGGAGCUCAAAGGCGUCACGGAGUCCACCGUGUUGCCCGUUGAUGCACACGACAAUACGUUCAUGGAGCUGUUGAAGAAUGUCAUGCGCGGCUAA